ACACCAUAUAUAUUUCCAAAUAAUUUUAGAUUCUGUGAACAAAACUACAAGUAGUUGCAGAUGGCAGGUCUGUCGUAGUCAUUGUCAACUUUAACCAUGGAUUGCAGGACAAGAAAGUAAACAAAGAAUUUAAUUAAAUAAUCAAAUAAUAAUCGCUUAUCCAGUGCUCUUAUUUAUUUAAUAUUAGACCAUAACCUUCUAGCUCUGAAAGUUCGUGUUUAGCAAGACACAUGGAAGGUUUUGAUGCGAUUUACUAUGAAGCGGAAAUAGAAAAUAAUGAAGAAAUUGAGCCUACCGAUAUAUCUCUGGUUCCAGAUCCUGUAGUGAUACGGGGUGCUGGAAAUAUGACAGUGUUUGGAUUAAGCAAUAGAUUUAGUACAGAAUUUCCUAGUGGUUUAGUAUCGAGAGUAGCUCCAGAAGAAUUUAAGGAAACUGUUAUGCGUAUCAAUGGCAUUUUGAAAAAAACUCUUCCUGUUAAUGUUAAGUGGCUUUUUUGUGGAUGCCUUUGCUGUUGUUGCACCCUAGGUUGCUCCCUAUGGCCUGUUAUAUGCCUUAGCAAAAGGACUCAGCAUUCAUUAAAUAAACUUCUAGAAUGGGAGAAUAGUUAUCUUUACAAUAAAUUAGGACUACAUUGGCGUUUAAGCAAACAACAGUGCGACUCUUCUUCGAUGAUGGAGUAUGUAAUACUCAUUGAAUUUUUACCAAAAAUACCGAUCUACAGGCCAGACUAGCGAAUGUCUACCGUCUACCACUAUUGUAUAUAUUACAUUUACUUAAAUGGUUAAGUUUUACUGAAUCUCUUAUUUACUUUGUAAAUAAUGAUAUCUAUGUGAUAAUAGACAUAUUGACAUUCAUUUUUAAAACUUAUAAGUUUUAUUAACCUUUUAUUUCGGUAGUACAAAUAUUUUAAAUUUCAUACUUAUAAGUUUGGCAUGUUUCUUCCAUAAUUAUCAUAAACAUAAGUUAUUGUUAUCUAUCUAUGUAUUUAGUUAUUGUAAAAAUUGAUGUUCGCAAAUUUUAUUGUUAGUACGGGUGAUUAUUGUUGUUUAUUAAGUGUAAUUUUCAAAUUAGUGCAAUUUGUUAUUUCUUUAAUUGGAUUAAUUGGUUCCCCAUAUCAAAUAUUAUCGAUUUAGAAUAAAUUUAAAAUUUUAAGGUUACUUUACCUGUUGCUUGUAAUU